AUGUUGAGGGACUCAGUGGAUGCCCUCCAUGCUGGUGAGGGGGCGGUGAGAAGUGUAGGCUUCGGAGUCAGCCCAGUCAAGGCUCGGGUGUCUGCUGGGACACUUACUGGGUGGGUGAGAGUAAGUCUCUGGGGCAGGCGCUGGUGUGUUGGGCAGCGCUGCUGGGCAGUACUGGGAGCCCUGGGGCUGCUGCUGGCUGGUGCAGGCUUUGGCUCCUGGCUUCUAGUGCUGUAUCUGUGGCCAGCUGCCUCUCAGCCCACUCCUGAAGCCCUGCAGGAUGAGAUGACUUUGAACUGCUCUGAGGCCAGCAGUGAGGAAGCCUUACUCCCCUCGAUUCCCAGAACAGUAUCUUUCAGAAUAAACACUUCUGAGGACUUCUUGCUGGACGUACAGCUGAGGGCCUGGCCAGACUGGCUGCUGGUCUGCUACGAAAGCUGGAGCUCUGCCCUGGGGGCGCGGGUCUGCAGGAGCCUCGGAUAUCUUAGACUCACUCACCACAAGGCAGUGAACCUGUCUGACAUCAGGCUCAACAGUUCCAAGGAGUUUGCGUAGCUCUCUCCUAGACUGGAAGGCUUCCUGGAGGAGGUGUGGCAGCCUAGUUUCAGGCUGUCCUGCCUGUCCAGCUGGCGGGUCCAUGCAGGGCUGGUCAGCCACAGAACGGUCAGGCCACACCAGGGGGCUGUGGUGGAGCAGAUCAUCACCCAACCUCUGUACAGCACCCAGAACCACGACUAUGACAUGGCCCUCCUGCAGCUCCACACCCUACUACACUUCUCAGACACCGUGGGCGCCGUGUGCCUGCCGGCCAAAGAGCGGGAUUUUCCGAGGGGCUCGGAGUGCUGGGUGUCUGGCUGGGGCCACACUGACCCCAGCCACACCCGCAGCUCCGAUCUGCUCCAGGAUCUGGUCCCUCUUCUCAGCACCCAGCUCUGCAACAGCUCUUGGUACAGUGGGGCCCUGACGCCCCGCAUGCUGUGUGCUGGCUACCUCGAUGGGAGGGCGGAUGCCUGCUAGGGGGACAGUGGGGGUCCCCUGGUGUGCCUGGAUGAGGGCAUGUGGCGCCUGGUGGGGGUGGUCAGCUGGGGACAUGGCUGCGCAGAACCCAGCCACCCCGGAGUCUACGCCAAGGUUCCCAAGUUCCUGGACUGGAUUCAGGACGCGGCGGCGCAGGUGAGUGGGGACAAGUGGAGAAGACUGGUUUGUGAAAGACCCAACCCUCAAAACCGUGACCCUCUGCUGGGGGCGGGGGAAGGUUUCAGACUGCAAGGAGGAAGUGAUGCUUAUGACAGCUGA